GUUGCAUAUAUCUUGUAUUGUGUCUAUAUCUCUCUAAGAACCCGUUUUGUAUCUAUCUCUAAAUAUUAAUUGUUCCUUCCUCACUUCAUAAAACCCCUUUCUUCUCCUCUAUCUAUCUAUUCAGCCAUGGCCACUGACGGUAAUUUCACUGACAAGAACAUCAUUUUCAGGAAACUCAAAGCUAAAUCUGAAAAUAAGAUGUGUUUUGAUUGUAAUGCAAAGAAUCCAACUUGGGCUUCUGUUACUUAUGGGAUCUUUCUGUGUAUUGAUUGUUCUGCUGUUCAUAGAAGUCUUGGUGUUCAUGUCAGCUUUGUUAGGUCAACAAAUCUGGACUCGUGGACACCAGAGCAAUUAAAGAUGAUGAGUUUUGGGGGAAAUAACCGAGCUCAGGUAUUUUUCAAGCAGCAUGGCUGGAAUGAUGGAGGAAAGAUCGAGGCAAAGUAUACGUCAAGGGCUGCUGAACUUUAUAAACAAUUACUUUCAAAAGAAGUUGCUAAGAGUUCGAAGGAGGAGGCAGGUUUACCUGUGUCUCCUGUUGCUUCUCAGUCUCAGUCUGUACAAGCUGUUAAUGGGAUUCCUGAUCCAGUACAAGAAUCCCAAAAAGAAAGUCCUCCUCCUCCCGUUAAGGAUGAAACUCCUGAUGUCCCUGCUUCACCAAGAGCGAGGGCUCCUCACUCAAUUCUCACCAGCACUGUCAAGAAACCUCUUGGUGCAAAGAAAACUGGAAAAACUGGCGGGCUUGGUGCUCGAAAGCUUACUUCCAAGCCCAGUGAUAGCCUUUAUGACCAGAAGCCUGAAGAGACACCUGUACAGGUUUCUACAUCCAGAAAUAGCAACUCACCUGUAAGGUCCUCAUUUGCAUCUCGGUUCGAAUACACAGAUAAUGUCCCAGCUGCUGAUAUGGGUUCUGGAGGAACCCAUGCAAUUAGUCAUGUAGCCCCACCCAAAUCAUCGGGUUUCUUUUCAGAUUACGGAAUGGAAAGUGCUUUCCAGAAGAAAAGUAGCUCGUCAUCGAAAGUGCAAAUUGAAGAAACUGAUGAAGCAAGGAAGAAGUUUUCCAAUGCAAAAUCAAUCUCUUCAUCCCAGUUUUUCGGGGAUCAGAACAAAGAUGCUGAUAGUCAAGUUUCACUGCAAAAGUUCUCUGGUUCUGCUGCUAUAUCCAGUGCUGAUCUGUUUGGCGAAGAUCCUAAUUCUGCUGUUGAUCUGACUGCUAGUGAUUUGAUUAACAAAAUCUCUUUUCAGGCACAGCAGGAUAUUUCUUCCCUCAAGAAUAUGGCCGGAGAGACCGGGAAAAAGCUUAGUUCUCUUGCAUCAUCAUUUAUGAAUGACUUUCAAGAUAGAAUCCUGUGAUAGCUUUGUAUGUGGCAAUUUAAAAAUUAUCCGAAUAGUCUAUCAACAAUACAACCAAUACUUUGGUGAUGGAUGUAAAAGGGAGUUUGUAGCGGUAAAUUUUUAGAAACCAUGAAAUAAUAAUAUUAAAAUUAUAGUGCUGUUUAAACAUGUUUUCAUUAUCAUUGUUGAGCAAAUGUAGAUCCGUUGGUUUCCAUACGAGUUUUUGUAAGAUGGUUUGAUGGAAUUCUACUUGCAAACUAUAACAGUAUCCAUUGUAGAAAGUCUAAGUUGCUCGGAAUUGUUUUUAAUUUUAUAUAGUACUCUUUUUAUUUUUUUA